AUGCGGAAAUCACUUGACAUGGAUAUUGCCUCCAAUAACUCACAAAAUGCACAUUCCGAAUCUCAAAAAGCGGGAGAAAACGGCGAGAAGAAUAAAAAUAAAAAUACGGGUGAUGCGCAAAAUACAUGUUACUGUGGCAAAGACAGAAAUUUAAACAUUGUAGAACUUCUUUGUGCGUCCUGUAACAGAUGGUUCCACGAGUCAUGUAUUGGAUACCAAUUGGGAAAGUUGGUUCCAUUUAUGACAAAUUACCUUUUCAUCUGUAAGAACUGCUCACCAACAGGACUUGAGACUUUUAAAAAGAAUCAAGCCCCUUUUCCACAGAUGUGUAUAACCGCCAUAGCAAAUCUGAAACAAGAGAGUGCCAAGGAAGGCAACAAUAAAGCAAUGUUCAGCAAAGACAGAGAAAUUAUACCAUACAUAGAUCAAUACUGGGAGGCUAUGACAACAAUGCCCCGGAGGGUGACGCAGUCUUGGUACGCGACGGUGCAACGCGCGCUGAUCAAGGACAUCCAUGUCCUGUUCACCUACGAAGAGGACCCGGUGCAGGGUCCAAUGUUCGGGCUCCACAACAUGGAGCUCACAGCCAUUAAGCCCAACUACGAAGCGAUGAUCAAGCAGGGGCAGCUGAAGGUCACCGACAUGGGAAUUGCUACAGUACCACUCGCUGGGAACGUGAAGGGGAGGCAGGGGAAGAGGCGGCCUGCGGUUGGCGGCCUCGAGGCGGGCGCCCCCGUCGGCAAGAAGGGGCGCGCGAGCGACCUGAAUGCCCUAAAGCUACCCUCCCACGGCUACCCCACCGAGCACCCCUUCAACAAAGACGGCUAUAGGUACAUCCUGGCCGAGCCGGAUCCCCACGCGCCCUUCAGACAGGAGUUCGACGAAAGCAACGAGUGGAGCGGGAAACCGAUCCCGGGCUGGCUGUACCGCUCCCUGUGCCCGGGCGUGGUGUUGCUGGCGUUGCACGACCGCGCCCCACAGCUGAAGGUGUCCGAGGACCGGUUGGCGGUCACCGGCGAGAAAGGCUACUGCAUGGUGCGCGCCACGCACGGGGUGUCGCGCGGCGCGUGGUACUGGGAGGCGUCGGUGGAGGAGAUGCCGGAGGGCGCGGCCGCCCGGCUCGGCUGGGGCCGGCGCUACGCCAACCUGCAGGCGCCGCUCGGCUACGACAAGUUCGGCUACUCGUGGCGCAGCCGCAAGGGCACCAGGUUUCACGAAUCUCGCGGCAAACACUACAGCAACGGUUAUGGUGAAGGGGACACCCUGGGAUUCCUCGUGGUGCUGCCGGACAGCCCCACCACCAAAUACACGCCCAACACUUACAAAGACAGGCCGCUGGUGAAGUUCAAGAGCCACCUGUACUACGAGGACAAGGACAAGGUGCAGGAGUCGCUGAGCAGCCUGCGGCCGCUGCCCUCCAGCCGGAUGCUGUUCUUCAGGAACGGCGAGUGUCAGGGCGAGGCGUUCCGCGACGUGUACCAGGGCUGCUACUACCCCACCGUGUCGCUGCACCGCAGCUGCACCGUCAGCGUCAACUUCGGGCCCAACUUCAAGCACCCGCCGCCGCCGGAGUACCGCUGUCGCCCGAUGUCGGAGAAGGCGGAAGAAGCUAUAUGCGAGCAAACAAUGGCGGAUCUGUUGUACUUGACCGAGAACGAGGGAAAAUUGCGUUUGGACAACUUCAACCUC